AUGACAUGGUUAGUACUUGAACGACAUAUCCUCAUAUUUCACGAUCGUCUAGCUUCAACGAGACGAAAACGAUUCCUUUUUCGUUAUCUACCGUUAACUGUUUUAAUCGUAUAUGUCUCCUUUUUUUAUCUGAUCGUUAUAUUUAUUUUACCAUGCGAGAAUGAAUACAAUUAUUUCGUACCUAUAUGUGGUGCGUCACCUUGCUGUCAAACGCUCGGUAUUAUUGGCAUGUGGGAAUUUAUUGCGCAUACGAUUCUGCCAGUUCGUCUAGGAGGCAUUGUUAGCGUUGUUCUGGUGAUACGUAUUCAGUUACAGAAAUGUCGUCUCAAUCGAUCGAUUCAUUGGCAUAAACAAUGGCGAAUGACGUUUCAGUUGUUUUUCGUUUCAAACUUGAAUAUUUCUGUCAAGUUUCCAAUGUUCACAACUCCAUUGACACAUGUUUUGGACUUACCACCAAAUGCUGGCGUUCAAAUUCAAUUAUAUUUCUAUUUUGUCAGUUAUUUUAUCAUCUUUUUCUUUCCAUUCGCAUCUCUCUGUCAAUUUCCAAGUUUACGUAUCAAAAUCAGAAAACAAAUCGUAAUGAUUCUGUCAAAAUGCACACCCACUGUCACUCCAAUGUUAAAUGAAUUGUAUAUGAAACACAUACGCUAA